GAGAAAUAAAUAUUUUUCUAGCAUUUCAUUCCUUUAACUUCUUGUAUUUCAGAAAACUAUGAAAAUGUCGGAAGGGGACUCGCUUGUACAGGGUUUGAAAUCCCGGUUAGCUGCGAAACAUAAGCUGCAAGAGAAACUGGUUCUCACCGCUGGAGUUAUGAAUGCAAAUAUCAGUAUUCCCAAUAAAGAAAAAAUUAUUGUUGAAUGGUUUGGAACUCUCUUAGGGACUAAAUAUUCUCUUAAUUCUUCCGAGGACCUGGAGAUAAACCAGGUUUGGGACGGAUUUCUUGUUUGUCUCCGUCUGGCAGAACUUAAUUUGAAUUUUACGUUGGAAACUUCAUUUUUACAAGAUAUUGUAGAUUUUCUGGACUUGUCAAAUCCAACCGUGGAAGCUGCCAUGAAUAUUAUUUUGAGAUUAAUUAACCGAUCAGAACUCAAUAUUGGGGAAACUUUAUGUCUAAUCUCCAAGAUUUGGAAUAAAGAUACGAAGCAUUUGCUGACCGAAGAAAUUUUGAAGCUUUUUAACAAACUUUUGAAUCACUUUAAACCUACACCCGACCUAGGACUUGGAGAACUACUCGCCAAAAUGAGCUUGGAUUUGGAGUUGUUGAAGAAUCGGUUGUUCCUGAAAAUAUUCCGUGUAUCCGUCUUCCACAAACUGAGUGGAUACGAGAACUAUUUUAAGAUUUUAACCCAAGCUGACCCUGAGAAAUAUAUCCCAACCCAUGAAGUUCAGAUGUUUAUUGAAUUCAUCCUCUCCGGGGGAGAAAUAUCGUUGGCAUUUGCUGCUUUAUCUGGACCUGAAUGCCCGUCUUGGUUGCAGGGUCAUCUGUUCAGUUUAGCGUUAUACCUGGAGGGAUAUAAACAGGUUUAUCAUGCGGAUUCUCCUUUUCUCAUCCCGCUGUUAUCCAACUACAAACCUUCAUCUGAUAGAUUAGUAAGGAUAUUUAAUCAUGCCCUUCCUUUAGAUUUGAAGUAUUCCAUAAAUGAGGAGCUCACGGUUAAUAAUCUAAUAUCUGGUUGUGUCAAGUUUUCAAUAGAAAAGUACAAAAUGAAGUCAAAUAUGUCCCAGCUCCUUUUCUCCGUAUUCACUCAUCAUCCUCUCAUCUUGGAUCCCUUAACAAGCUUAAUUUUGACGCGAUACAUGCUAGACUCCUCGGCUCCAAUACUUACCUUCCAAACAGUUCUGGAUCUUUCAUUGAAGCUCCGACAGCUCCCUAAACUGAUCUCCAGGUUGUUCCUUUAUCUACGGACUAGUUCAGAUUUAACUUUAUCCUGGAGACCGACUGAUCUGAAGUUGUUCGGAGAAGCAAUCUCUCAGGUUCCGCGGGUUCAAAGUGUGGAGAUAUGGAAAUCUUUGCUCUACCAUCUCUCUGCCGACUGUAUAAAGGUCCUGGAUACUGAUAAAGGGAUACAAGUCUGGAGAAUAGCCAUCCCUCUCCUCUCAACAGUUCUUCAAAACGCUCAUCUAUCAGAUCAUAAUUUACCUGCACCGCUUGCGGUCAGGGUGAAAGAUCUCAUUAGUUCAACGCUCAAUGAUGUGCUAAAGGCUGAAUGUUUAGAUCCUGCGAGAAAAGCUGAUGUUCUGUACAGCGAUCUAGCCUCAAGUCUGAUCGAACUGGUUGAGCUGAUAACUACGUAUAGAGGUUUUGAAUUUGAGGAUUUAUUUAGUUUCCGGGAUCAAAUGAUUAAAACUGCACUUCGGAAGAAAGAAAUGUUGGGUUAUUCUAAUGUCAUUGUGCAAGGGCUUCGAGGUAAUAGUUCUUAUACUGACAAAAUAUGGAAACAGUUUCACGAAGAUCUUUUGUCUGAUUCUAGAACUUUAAACCAAGUAUUCAGAGUUACUCCACGAGAAUAUCUUGGAGCUCUGAACCUUGAAGAGAAUAUUGAAGAACUAAUAGAAUCCCCCGUGUACAGUGCUAUAGUUAUAUUCUCGGAACUUGAUAAAUUCAAGAAAGAUAAACUUCUUGGUCCUGUAUUGAACCUAGAACUUUGGACUUCUCCCGAUAAUUGGAAUUCUUUACAGUCGGAGCUAGGACUAGGGUUGCAGAGAAUACUGGAGCAAGUUUAUAACCUACAGGGUGGUGUCCUCACUCCAGGGUUGGAUAAAUUACUCCAGCUCCCGGUUGAAUAUCUACCCAAGACUCAGAAGCUUGGACUUAAUGUUCUCUGUAUUAUUCAACUACUCUCGGGAGAGGAUAUUAAGAAUAUUGAUGAACUUCUGUGUCGGAGCUUUGAAGAGACUGAUGUGUUCCGGUUUAUCAGUUCUUCUACGUUCCUGGAGAAAAUCCUUCCCCUUGAAUUCUCCUCCCACGCCUUCCUAGAAGUAGUUUCUAGUGUAGUUGCUAAGUACUCCAAGAUGAUGACGGAACUGAGCGAUGAUUUUGGAAAUUUCCAAGAUGGAAUCUUGAAGGGGGAUCUAAAUUAUUUACAUUUCUUUGUGUCCUUGUUGGAGAACUUGUCGCACCCCAUCCUACAUGUUGGAGUUGUGAAGGAGAAGAAAUCUGCUGCAGAGAAAUUAUCCCUGCAGAUAACUAAGAUCUUGUGUAAGCAUGUGAGAAAGGAGGAAGCUUUAGCUCCGUCAAAUCUUUUAAUCCGAGCGUGUGCUGCUAUCGUGAAAUCGUCCAAGCUAUGCACCGAAGAAUUCGAGGGUUGGAACAAAACCUUAAAGUUGAUCCGAAGAGUCCUGGAGAGCGCGCUGGCGGACGGAAGUGCGGACAGUUUAAUCCUAGUUCUGGAACUGAUGGAAGGUGGAGAUAAAUGGGAGGUUUUACUAUCGGAAGAAACUAUUCAGCUUGCUAGGAAUAUUGCUCUAGGUAACUGGGCUCGUGUUGAGGGAUCUAAGUUUAUCUCCAAACUAUUGGAUAAUGCUGCUCGGAUAGAACAAACUCUAGAGUAUGCUCUCUUCCAACCUGGCGGGAUACAAUUAGAAAUUGUAAAUAUCAUCCUUGGAACCAAGUUCUCUGAAGAUACUAAACCUGUGGUAAAGGAACAGCUUGAGAAUCUUGUAUUCCGGGUUUUAGUGGAUGAAUCUAUUGCGGAGGAACGAAAAUGUGCAUUUGUCGAGAAACUUUUAUCUGCCACCCCUCCCCUUGUAUCCGCUAAUGUGGAAACUGCAGCGUUAGCGUCAAUUUUUUCAAUUCCCUCUCCUGAAACCUUGAAAUGCUGCGUUACUUUCAUGCAUAAUCGUCCCAACAUGUCCGCUAAACAUAUUCCUUUAAUCUGUACUGCUGUUAGAGCACACUUGCAUUAUAUUGAAAUUAACUGUGAUACUGAAUCUAAUUUUAAAAUUUGCUCUGAACUAUUGAAUAUACUGGGACUGACCAAACGGAAGAAAGAUGAUUGGGGAUCAGUUGCUCCGUACCUUGUAGCUGAUAUACUCCAUACCAAUCUUCUGCUUGAAGAUCAGAAAUUAAAGCAAUCUCUAGCGUCGGGAAUUCAAACCUUAUUGGAUAUUUGUGACAAUCAUACUCAUGAAUAUCUCUCUGCAAACCUCUCUCCGGCUGCAAAUGAAGUUUUUAAGAUCAGUUUGGAAACGCACAAAAACCAGCACAAGUUCACUGCCAAUACCACCUAAGACUAAAGUUUGUUAUCAUUUCAGAA